AUGAAGCUCACCGCAGCUCUCGUUGCCAUACUCACCGGGACCGCCAAUGGCUGUGGAUUCCAUCUGAACGCAAAACGAGCCAGCCCUAGCAACGGCGGCAACAUACCUUACAGCAUCGAAAGGUUGACGGACACUACCCACCUGGUCGUUCACAACGACGAAUACAUCGAAUACCCGUUCAUCUACGUCAAACGAUACCCCAAAAUCCCUCUGACGGUCGUCGUGGACACGGGCGUCGGUGGCGAGUACCAUGCAAAUGGCACUUCUUCCAUUGAGCUGAAGGCCUUCAUCGAGAAGGAGCUCGGCUUUACCGAAGCUGAGAAGAGCGAGUACAUGGUGUUAUCAAGCCACGUCCACUUCGACCACAUCGGUGGCAUGGAGCCAUUCGCCCAGUCUGGCGCCGAAAUCGUUUCUUCCAGCUACAACAAGUCCUUCGUGGCCCCCCAAAACCGCGCUGCGAACGCCUUGACCACGGCUUUCGGGGUCAAAACACCGCAAUACACCAUCUCUAAAUACGCAGACCAGCACGAACGACUGAGUUAUAAGGGUGUUGACCUCGGCCUCAUCGCGCUGCACACUCCCGGCCACACUCCGGACUCCCAGGCAUACUACGACGAGGGCGAACGGUGGAUCUACACUGGUGACACACUGUACAAGCGCGUCGUAAAGCUACCAUGGGACACGCAGGACGUACCAAUCAUUCUUCCCCUUCAAGGCAACUGGACGGAGUUCGUGGCCAGCAUAGAAGAGCUUUACGCAUUCGUGAAAGAGAAGGACCGAGGAUUUUCUAAGGACAAGAGGGUCAAAAUUGGCGCCGGCCACACCACUGCCGGCGUGGAAGCAGCCGACACGAUCAAGAAUGCGCUCAAGUUUAUCCAAAACGUCGAGAAGGGCAAGGUUCCAGUGAUCGCUAAGGUGCCUGGAGAUGAGGUUGCACCUGGAGGAACACUUGGAGAUGCAGAGUUUUGGUACUGGCAAGCCGACGGGAAUCCAGAGUUCAGCCUAUUGGCACCGGAGAGCUUCCGGAGCGAGUUCAAUCACAAAUAG